AUGCCCCAUCAUGCGUACUUGGUGCGAAGAAGCGAUUUUUCUGGGCAUCGUAAUGAUCUGGAUGGUUGUCAUUUUGGGUUCGCCGCGACGAUCUGCAACGGCCAUGCGGAAUUAUGUACCCGCCGAUACUCCAACGUCACGUUUAUGGGAGCGCACGACUCAUUUGCGUAUAGCAUCGACCCAUUAGCAGUAUGA